AUGGAGCCCACAUCUCCCCCGCCGCCGCCGCAACUUCCCGCGCCACCGCCUCCCAAGAGCUGGAGCAUCUACACCCGACCCGAAAUCAUCGCCAAGUACCGAAUCCACGAGCGGGUCGGCUCCGGCGCCUACUCCGACGUCUACAAGGCCCAUCGCCUCUCCGACGACCUCCUCGUCGCCCUGAAAGAGGUCCACGAUUACCAGUCGGCGUUCCGCGAGAUCGAGGCCCUCCGCGUCCUCCAGAACUGCCCCAACGUCGUCGUCCUCCACGAGUACUUCUGGGGCGAGGAUGAAGACGCCGUCCUCGUCCUCGAGUUCCUCAGGACCGACCUGGCGGCGGUCGUCAGGGACGGGAAGAAGAAGGGCGGGAUCCGCGGCGGCGAGGUCAAGCGGUGGAUGAUGCAGAUUCUCUCCGGCCUCGACGCCUGCCACCGGAACAUGGUCGUCCAUCGCGAUUUGAAGCCUGGCAAUCUGUUGAUUUCCCACGACGGGAUUCUCAAAUUGGCGGACUUCGGCCAGGCAAGGAUACUCAUGGAAACUGGAUCUAUAGCAGUGGAUGAGAAGAACACUCCUCCUCCGCCGCCGUCGGGCGAACAAUUGUACAUUCACCACGGGGCUCCGACGACUGCUGUGUUCAAUUUCGAGAGAGGCAACUGGGGCAGGAAAAAGCACCAUCGAUCCUCCACAUUGGGUGAAGAAGAAGAUUCUCUUGCAGAAAUGACGAGCGAGUACAAGAGCCGGGAUUUCUUGGAUGAGAUGGAGAAGGAAACGACCAAUACCAGGGAUGGAAACGUCUCUGGCAUUGCAACCGGCACAGCUAGCGAGUUUGGGGAUGAUGAUUUCCGGAGCCCCUACUCUUACGUUGUUGAUGAUGUUGAUGAUUAUGAUGAUAGGCCACAAGAAGGGUGCUUCACUUCCUGCGUAGGAACUCGCUGGUUCAGGGCACCUGAGCUGCUCUAUGGAUCGACGGAUUAUGGAAUGGAGGUCGAUCUGUGGGCGUUAGGCUGCAUUUUCGCGGAGCUUUUGACUCUCGAGCCUCUCUUCCCUGGGGGUUCAGAUAUCGAUCAGCUCGGGAGGAUUAUCAGUGUGUUGGGGAACUUGAAUGAAGAAGUGUGGCCGGGAUGUGUGAACCUUCCUGAUUACAAGACGAUGUCUUUUGGCAAAGUGGAGAGUCCUGCCGGGUUGGAGUCGUGCUUGAAGAAUCGUUCGAGCGAAGAGGUGUCGCUGGUGAGGAAGCUUGUGUGCUAUGAUCCGUCUAGUAGGGCUACUGCAAUGGAGUUGCUUCAUGAUGUGUACUUCUCGAUGGAGCCAUUUCCGGUUCCCCUCUGGGAGCUUCAUGUGCCGAGAUCGAACAGUGAUCAUGAUGUGGAUUCGCCAGGUGGGUGGUACGACCACAAGGAUGGGUUUGACUCUGAUUUUGAUGAUUUUGGUCCUAUGCAUGUUACUGAGACUGGGAGUGGGUUUUCCAUUCGGUUUCCCUGA